CCGAGUUUUGAGCCUGAGAACUGUUUUCUUGUUUACAAAGGAGGGCUAGCAAGUGCUGGAGAGGUUUUAAAGACUACAACUAAACUGAUAAUUUCUGACAUUUGGGAUUAAAAGAGAAUUGAGAAUUUAACCCUUGUGUUGUGUCCUUAUGCCACACUACAGUACGUUAGUCUUUCCCAUUUGUAACAAUAUUUAUUGUCUCUUUAGGCUGUUUGAACAAUUUAACCCAAAACAUGGAUAUCAGACCAAAUCAUACAAUUUAUAUCAACAAUAUGAAUGACAAAAUUAAAAAAGAAGAAUUGAAGAGAUCCCUAUAUGCCCUGUUUUCUCAGUUUGGCCAUGUGGUAGAUAUUGUGGCUUUAAAGACCAUGAAGAUGAGAGGGCAAGCCUUUGUUAUAUUUAAGGAAUUAGGCUCAUCCACGAACGCCUUGAGACAGUUACAAGGAUUUCCAUUUUAUGGUAAACCAAUGCGAAUCCAGUAUGCAAAAACAGAUUCUGAUAUAAUAUCUAAAAUGCGUGGCACUUUUGCUGACAAAGAAAAGAAAAAAGAAAAGAAAAAAGCCAAAACCGUGGAACAGACAGCAACAACUGCAAACAAAAAGCCUGGUCAGGGAACACCAAAUUCAGUGAAUACCCAAGGAAAUUCAACAGCAAAUCCUCAGGUCCCUGAUUACCCUCCAAACUAUAUUUUAUUCCUUAAUAAUUUACCAGAAGAGACUAAUGAGAUGAUGUUAUCCAUGCUGUUUAAUCAGUUUCCUGGUUUCAAAGAAGUACGUUUGGUACCUGGGAGGCAUGACAUUGCAUUUGUUGAAUUUGAAAAUGAUGGACAGGCUGGAGCUGCCAGGGAUGCUUUACAAGGAUUUAAGAUCACACCGUCCCAUGCCAUGAAGAUCACAUAUGCCAAGAAAUAACGUUUGGGAUAGUUGUCUUUAAAGGACUUGGUGUUAUUUAUAGUGUUUGUUUUGAUAACAUUUUGUCAGGCCAUUUUAAUAGUUUGGGGUCAGGCGGAAGUGAAACUGAAAUUUUUGUGAGGGAUUUAAAAAAUUACCUAGUCUUUCUUGAGCCUUAGUGAAUGAACUAUGAAAUAUGAAGACCUUAAUUUUGUACAAUAAACUUUUAUUUGUAUUCUAUACAUGAUACUUUGUUUUCUAGCCCACUGUCCUGUCACUAAAUGCUUUUGCUAGCCUAGAACAUAUCUUACAGUAUGUAAAACUGUAAUAGAGUGCUUUUCUAGUAUUAUUUUGGAGCAGCCAAUGGUAGAGAAACAUUGAACCAUUUUACUAAAAGUAAAGGAGAAUUAGAUCAGCCCUUGAUUAGAUUUUCUGUAAUGUUAUUUUUUAUGCAUACGAACUGCCGUCUUGGAGUUUGUUCUUUUUUUUUUAAUGAGUCAUCUUAACGGUAAAAAUGAUUAUCCUGGAUAUUAGAAGAAAAUAAGACUUGGGCACGAUCUAAAUUUGAUCUUAUUCUUCAAAUAAAUGAGCAUAGUGUUUUGCUGGUAGUAGGCAUAUCA